AUGGAUAUUUCGGUUACACCACCGAUAUUUAAUGAAAUUCGAAGAACAUUUGUAAUUAACGGAAAGGACAAUAUUUUGGCCAAAAAAAUGACUACUUCAAAAUUAUCUGAACUAAUAAAUGCUGCUGACAUGAAUAAAACAAAUGAUGGAAAAGAUUUUGUUAUAGGGCAUGGAGGUUACGAUGACAAGGUUGUAGUACUUGGAACAAUAGAAUUUUUACGGAAAUUAUGUUCUACCGACGCAAUCUAUAUGAGCGGUUUCAAAAUUCAAUUACAAACCAAAGCAUUCAAGUAUUUAUAUACUUUCCAUUGCUUUAUAGGUGAAAAAAUAAUAACAACGGUAUAUGCACUGCUAACUAAAAAUGAUACGAAAUCAUAUUCGAGAAUGUUACGACUCAUUAAUAGUACUGCUAAUAGGAACAAUUUUAAGCUUAAUCCUACUAAAUUUUACAUUGAUGUGGAUUUAAAUAUCAUACAUUCUAUUGAAGGAACGUUUGGGAGAAGAGGAAUAGCCAUUAAAUUAUCUUUAUACCACUAUACAAAUACCAUAUGGUAUAAAGCUAAAUGCUUAGGGCUAUUACAAAAUAAUGAUUUUAAUAUACAAAAAACAAUACGUCGUAUGUGUUUACUCGCUUUGGUCCCUGUUGAACAAAUCGAAGACACCUGGAUUAUAAUUAAAGAAGAAGCACCGCAGAACGAAAAUUUAUUGGAACUCGUAAGCUAUGUUACUGAAACAUUUAUGAUUUCAAAUGUCGGUCACAAGUUUGAUAAAAAAGUAUGGAAUCACUACGACACGAACAAUGUAAAAUCUAUAAACCACCUAGAAGGAUGGAAUGAUUUUAUUGAGAAAGAUAUUAAUAAAUCAUAUCUGAGCAAUAAAAAUUUCGUUGCUAAAUUGAAAAACAAACACCAAAGCUUCGAAAUGACCUUUGUUACAAAUCAAGAAAAAUCCAAUGAAAUUUCAAUGAUUCCCAAAAAAUUCAAGUUUAUAGAAGGAAAAUUUAAACGCGCGAAACAAAGGCUUGAAAAUGGGAUAAUUUCUGCAAUACAAUACCUGGAUGAAAUGGUUUAA